GAGUUCCAGGCUGUAGUCCUCAUGCUGGUCUGCCACGGUAGAUUUGACAGGAGAGGUUUGCACGAAUCCAGCUUGUGAUUACAUGCAAUUGGCCAGCUCGUAGAGAAGGACUCCUGUUCUCAUGGUGGGUCCUUCCUGUGCCCCGUCGAGGAGAGCGCGGUGAAGUGCUGGUUGAUUGAAUGACACCUCCAGUCAACAUGGAUUACGGACGGAUGGCCCCUCCGGUACCCCCGCACAAUCCCGCACCAACCCGGCCAGGGCAGGAGCAGGAGCGGCUGCUGAAGUGCGUCCUGCUCGGUGACGGAGCGGUGGGCAAAACCAGUCUGGUGGUCAGCUACACAACUAAUGGCUACCCAACCAAAUACGUCCCCACUGCAUUUGAUGACUUCUCAGCUGUGGUUCAGGUGGAUGGAAACCCGGUUAGACUACAGUUGUGUGACACUGCAGGACAGGAUGAGUUUGACAAACUCCGCCACUUCUGCUACAGCCGGACUGACGCCUUGCUGCUCUGCUUCAGCGUGGUCAGCCCAGCCUCCUUCCAGAACGUCUGGGAGAAGUGGGUUCCCGAAAUCCGCCGCCGCUGCCCCCUCACGCCCAUCCUCCUCGUGGGCACGCAGUGUGACCUGCGGCAGGACGUCAAAGUGCUGAUUGAGCUGGCGAGGCGGAGGGAGAGGCCGGUGCUGGAGGAAGACGCCAGGGCGCUGUCAGAAAAAAUUGGGGCAGUGACGUACGUUGAGUGCUCUGCGCUGACACAAAAGAAUCUAAAGGAGGUGUUUGAUGCGGCCAUCGCUGUUGGGCUGAGGCAGUCUGACAGGAGAGUGAGGCGAGAGAGGAAGGUCCGCAGCACAGCCGAUAAGAUGAAGAUGCUCUCCAAGUCCUGGUGGAAGAAGUAUGUGUGUGUCCAGUAGGGAGAGAGGGGACGAUUUUCCCUGUGACUGAUGAUAAAACUGGAAUUGCUGACUUGUUGGUGGGGCCUGAUUUGGAUGUAAGGACUUUUUAUUUUUUACAUUUACCUGGACAACCCCAGAUUUAGUAGCCAAAAUGACUUUAAUUUAGUGGAGCAAUAGCUCAACAGAGGCUGAGCGUGCCUGCCUCAGCUGUAGAGUGCAGAAAACGUUUUUGAUGCCUAGAAGACCACUGUCUGCUCCUCAGAGCCAGUCUGAACUGUUAAAUAUGACUACGACCAGCAUUGAACCAAAAAUAGUGGAGCUAAUAAAGUUUUAUGGCACAUGGACUGCAUAUCAUACUAGACGUGUCCAAAGGAAACGUGAGCUGAGGUGUUCAGACGUUGAUGUUCUGUGCUAAAAGUAUACUCCUCCUAUGUGUCUGAUUUGAGGCCCUUCUUUAACAAAGUAUAUUAUUUUCUGUGUGCUACACUGUAAUUUAGCCCCCAACACUUCUGAUAGAUUUAUUUAACUGAAAUCAAAACAUGAAGGUAACGUAAACUAGCUUAAAUAACCAAUCAAAGAUGCAAUAACUCUACUAUUGAGAGCCAAAGCCGGUCCUGGACCUUGUUUCCUAAAUCAAAAGCAACUCCGGUAAGAACUUUAAGAGUCUGACGACUAACUGAUCACAUUUAUUUCAACUCAUUCUCUUUUGGAUUACUAUCAAAUGUGAAUGAAUACACAUUCUUUUGAAAUCUAUGAGUUCUUAGGGAGUGUUGUUGUCCAGCCAUCCAGUUCUGUUUAAACUACAAGUGUUGUAGGGAUUUCUCUCCACCAGCUUGAGUCUGUGCCACGUUUUAAAGAGUUGCCAAAGCUGUCACACUGUUAGUCAACCAUGCAGUUAGAAGUCUGCUAGCUCCUUACAAAUGUACGCCCACUACAGUAGAUUGAUGCCACCAAACAUUAAGUAAUCCAAAUGCCUGUUAAUGUCGAGUAGCCAACCUGUACUGGAUAACACAUGCCUGCCGUUCAGCUUCACCUCAAAUGAAAAGUUAGUUUUUAGAACUCUACUGUUACAAGGUUGCAGCAAUAAGUUGGGUGGUGCCACUGUACAUUGCACUUAUCACACACAGUCCAAACACAUCACUGAAGUCUCGCCAUGCAAUGGCCUUUGGAGCAUUGGUGUGCAUUAGAUAUAGAGCAGAUAAAUGCAUCUGUAGUGCUUGAGAUGCAGGUUUACUCAGUGUCAGUGAAGCAGAAGUAGCUGAGCUGCAUGUUUCCUGCACUACCACCGGGUUGUAUGAUCACAAGGUCUUUCUUUGUCAUAGCAUUCAGGGCCUUAAACAGAUAAUUAUCUGUCUUUUGGGGUCAGUACAUUGGAGCUCUCUCUCCUCUUUUGAAAUUAUACAGUAAUUGAGGUGAAA